GGCAGCACCGGGACGUGGCGACCCGAGCCCGUGACCCGAGGAAGACCGGAAGAAUAGAAGGCAAAAACCGGAAGCAGCCAAGCAUGACGCUUCUUCGUGCCUGUGGUGGUUAGCAAGCUUGGACAUGCGAUGCGUCGUCGAAUCGAAACGAGGACAUCGGACGGAGCUUCCAACGCGAUCGAUCCCAAAGAGAUGGUGGAGCUGGACGCCUUGCCAGAGGUGUGCAUCGCCCACAUACUCUCUUUCACCACCCCGCGCGAUGCCGCUCGCUCCUCCGCCGUCUCCCGCACCUUCCGCUCCGCCUCCGACUCCGACGCCGUCUGGCACAAGUUCCUCCCGCCCGAUUUGGACCUGAUCAUCUCGACGUCCUUGCCCCCACCGCAACUGCAGCCGCAGCCGCAGCCGCCUCUUGGACCCUCGCUGACGAGGAAGAAGGAUGUCUUCCUCAGUCUCUGCAGCGCCCCUCUUCUCAUUGACGAGGGUCACAAGAGUUUUGCACUUGAAAAAUGGAGCGGGAAGAAGUGUUAUAUGAUUGGCACCAGAGAUCUGUCUAUAGUAUGGGGUGACACUCCUUGCUACUGGAGACGUAGUUCAGUCCAUGUCUCAAGAUUCCCAGAGGUGGUAGAGCUCCUUAGAGUAUGCUGGCUUGAGGUUCACGCCAAGAUGGAGAUGCGACUUCUGUCGGCUAACACAUACUAUGCAGCUUACUUGAUCUUCAAGCUUGUGCAUAGGAGCUAUGGCUUCGAGAAUCAAGCAGUGGAAGUGUCCAUCUUUUCUGGUUCCGGGGGUGAACGACGCAAUAUUUGUUUGGAUCCUGGCGGGAAGUUGAGACGGCAAUAUCAAUCCGCAAGAGAGAGAUAUCUGCAUACUUUCCAUGAUGCAUCUGCGAUAAGAGAAGUUCAGGCGAGGGAGGAACAAAUUCCUCUGGACAGAGGAGAUGGGUGGAAAGAGGUCGAUCUGGGCGAGUUUUUCGUGGACGACCCUCCAGCUGGGGAGGUUCAAAUAAACUUGAUGGAGGUGAAAAGCGGUAACUGGAAAUCCGGGCUAGUCAUCCAGGGGAUUGACCUUCGUCCUUCACAGAUGACUUCCCGAGAAAGAAGCCUCAGCACAUAGGUCAGCGGAUAUGAGGUGAAUGGGGAUACUGUGAAUAUUGCAGAUGGUUAUACUUCACGUAAGAUGUUACAGAAUAAAUAUCUACAAGGCGGUGUUAAUAAACUGGACCCUGUUCAAAGCUGUGUGAAUGUGUUUAUCCAUCUAAGAUGCAUUCUAUGUGUGACAUUUCUUUUCUCGUGGUGCUGAAUGCGUUCUCUUUUCAUGGUUCCUUGGAACAUUUCUUGCGCGAAGCAGGGGCAUUUGGUUUCCU